GAGAAUAAACCAAUUUCAACCGCUUAUAAACUGAUUAUUUUGCUGGAAGCUCCACACGUAGCCAUGGGAGCAAGGUGUCAUUGUACAUGUAAAUUGUAUACAUGUCCAUCAUUAUUCAUGCCUUCCCACCUAUAUAUAUGUUCAUCCAAACUCCCUCUGAAUAUUUAUGUUUCUUAAAGAAUUGGAAAAUUUUGUUUUACUAAUUUAGUUCAGUUUUCUCUAAGGAUGGCACACUUUCAGCACCAAUACGGCGACGUUGGCUACGACAAAUAUGGCAACCCAGUUUCGCAGAGAGACGAAUAUGGGAACCCUAUCAACGAGUCUGGCAGUACUGACUACCUUGGAAUUGGAGCUGAUAACCAAGACCAUGGAAUUACCGGAAAGCCGCGUCGUUCCGGUAGCCCGUCCAGCUCUAGCUCAUCUGAAGAUGACGGACAUGGUGGGAGAAGAAAGAAAGGGCUGAAGGAGAAGAUCGAGGAGAAAAUUCCAGGGCAGAAAGAAGAACAUCAUAGAACUCAAUCCACUUCAACAACUACACCCGGUGGUUCCUUAUCGGCGGAGGAUCAUCACCAUGGAAUACUUCAUAAGAUUAAGGAGAAGCUUCCCGGUGGGCAUCACCAUGAUCCCGAGCACCACCGCCCGUAACACCAACGUCAGAGACCGUAUCUGUUGGUGUAUUGUACAGUUAGCUAGCCGGUGCUCUUGUAUUGUAUGCAUGUGUGUUUCCGUUUCAUACGGUUUUGUGUAAGUGGGUUUUCUUUUCUUCUUUAAUUUCAUAAAGGAAUAAUAACAUAGUCAUUCUAAGAUAACCGGAGGCAUGCUGGUAUU